AAAUUCCAAGUUCACAUUCCAGCACAGGAUCCACUAGCAAGAAUGGCAAGAUAGAAGAAUUCCUGAAGAACUUCAAGAAUUUGGAGGCAACCCAGGCAGAAGAGCCAACUACUGAUGGCAAGGAUUCUGCUAGCUCUCCAAAUAUGGACAACUUUCCUCCACCUGAAGGGCCUUGCUUCCACAUAUGUCAAGAUGAUGUUCAAGCACCUGAUAUCUUUGAGUCAUUGAUGCUCUUCUUAAAUAGGAAAGAGUAUGACAGAAACUUCAAAAACCUGUAUCAUUUUUCUUACCCAUUUAUCAAUAGCAUGUUUUAUGGAUUUUCAGAAGAAGAAGAACUGGUUAACUUUUUUAGAUUAGCAAGGGAAGCAGCAAAGAAAGCAGGCAUGUCCUGGGCGCUAGCAAGGCUGUGUUUUCUCUUAGGCAGGCUCAGUGUUAAAAAGCUGAAGUUUUCCCAAGCUCGGGUGUAUUUUGAGGAAGCGUUGGGAGCGGUAGCUGGAGGGUUUAGUGAUUUGUACUUUGUAAUUGCUCUUUAUACAAACCUAACAGUCAUCUACUUGACGCAGAAGAACAAAGAAAAAUGUGCUCAUGUUAUUGACAAGGCUACAUCUCUUCUCAUGGGAAUUCCCAACUACAUUUGCAGUGCUGAGCUGGAGUCAGAUAUUCUAAAGUAUGCUCUGAAGAGGACAAUUUUCAGCCAGAACAAACAUGCAGAGGCAAGAGCAUGCUUUCUUCUGGCAAAACAUUACAUUGCCCGCAAACAGCAUGAAGAGGCACUGCCAUUUCUGGAAAGGCUUCAACUGUUGCUUAAUGACUUGGGUUUACAAAACAACUUAUCAAAGAACUGUUAUUUCAAACUAGCAGAAUCCUACAAUGAAAAGUGCUUGCCACACAUUGUGUUAAGUUGCAUAAAGGUUGCCUCUUCGCAGAGUUCAAAUACUUUAACUGAUUCCUUGAAAAGGAUUGAUUUAGUCAUCAAAAAUGCUCCCAAGCUCUACGGCUUGAGAAAACUUGGACAAAUACUCCCAUCACAAACUGCACCUUACCUCAUACAAGCACUUUCCUCUGUAUUUACUAAUGAGCAGCAAGGACUAUGUAGCACUAUCUAUCUUAGCUUAGCAAAACUGUACAGCCACCACAAACGGUAUGGAAAAGCCAUUGUUUACAUGAUGAAGGCACUGGAGACUGAUGUUUCUGCUAAGCCAGAGGAAACUAUUAACUACUUGGUUUCGCUUGCUUGGUUAUACAUUCUUUACAAGCAGCAUGAUGUGGCUUUAGCCAUUUUAAGUGCUGUUGUAGACUCUUCCUGGAGCAAUCCUCAACAACUAGGAACUGCUUAUAAUAUGCUUGCUAUUGCUCUGAAAAGAACAAACAAUACAAAAGAAGCUGCUGAGAACUACUACAAAGCACUGCAUCUUUCAGAAGAGACCAACAUGAUUCGUAACCAAGCUAUAGCCCUGGCUAAUUUUGGGGCACUCUGCCUGCAUACAGCAGCCAGCAAGCUGGCAGAACAUUAUUAUAUCAGGGCAGUGAAGCUAUUCUCUAAACUUCCAAGUGAGGACUGUGGCCAAGAUUUUAUCCAAGUCCUCCUUCAGUUGGGAUGUUACUAUGUUGAUGGAACUCAAAGAGAAAAAGCAAAGUUUUAUUAUGAAUGGGCUUUUUUAGUUGCAAUGGAGACAAGUCAUCUGGAAAGUCAACUACAAGCAAUUAAACUGCUGUGUCAGUUCUACAGUACUGUUGCUCCCAAUGAGGCUCAGUGUGUCAUCUACAAUGAAUAUCAACUAUCUUUAGCUAGAAAGAUGUCCAACAAAGUUCUGGAGGGACAAAUUUUGGAAACCAUUAGUCAGCUCUAUUUGUCUUUAGGAACAGAAAGGGCUUACAGGUCGGCUCUGGAAUAUACCAAAAGAAGCCUUGGAAUAUUUAUAGAUCUCCAGAAAAAAGAGAAGGAGGCAUAUGCUUGGCUACGGGCAGGAAAGAUAUAUUACAUUCUGAGGCAGAAUGAGCUUGUGGAUCUCUAUAUUCAGGUUGCUCAGGAUGCUGCUCUUUACACAGGAGAUCCAAAUUUAGGAAUGGAGUUGUUUGAAGCUGCUGGAGACAUAUUUUUCAAUGGUACUUGGGAAAAGGAGAAAGCAGUGACUUUCUACAGGGACAGGGCUCUUCCACUUGCUGUUAAGAUUGGCAACAAAACCACUGAACUCAGAUUAUGCAAUAAACUGGUGGAAUUGCUGGUGAAUCUGAAGGCUUAUGAGGAAAGUCUGGAAUAUGCAAGAACAUCUCUUAUGCUCAGUGUAAGUUUAGGAAAUCAGCUAAAUGAACGAAUAGCUUACCAUCGUCUGGCUGCCAUCCAUCAUCAUUUGGGGCACUGUGAACUAGCUGAACACUUCUAUUUAAAGGCCUUGUCCCUCUGUUCCUCUCCUUUGGAAUUUGAGGAGGAAACACUGUAUUACGUCAAAGUGUACUUGAUCUUAGGAGACAUUAUAUUCUAUGACCUUAAGGACCCCUUUGAUGCAGCAGGCUAUUAUCAUUUGGCACUUGCUGCUGCCAUGGACCUGGGCAAUAAAAAAGCUCAACUGAAGAUUUACACAAGACUUGCAAUCAUCUACCAUAACUUCCUUGUGGAUCGGGAAAUGUCUCUAUUCUUCUAUCAAAAGGCAAGAACCUUUGCAACUGAACUGAAUGUUAGGAGAAUAAAUCUAGCUCCUGAUCAGUGUUAUAAGAGUUCAUAACCAUCUUUGGAAAAUGCAGUCUAACAACCACAGAAAUUCCUAGGGAAAUAUUGCACUGGCGUUGCAGGAGGACACAGAAUGCAUUCAGUGUCUCAUUAUGCAUGUACUGUAAGCCGGAGUUCAUAACCUCAGACUAAAUUACCAGUUUAUAUGACAGUGAGCUACAUUUCAUUGUCUCAAAGAUAUGCACUCUUGUACUUGUUGUUUAUGGAUUAGCCUGUGAACU